AUGUCACUAACACUUUUCUGUAAUGACAAGAGGAGAAAAUAUUUGGACACGAACAAACCUGUUGGUCGUGUAGGUCAUUCCUUACACAAUUAUUAUGAGCUAAGUUCAACCGAUGUAAUAAGUAAUUUUUCUUUAAAGGAAAAAGGACAUCCCCGUGAAGACACUGACCUCUUGGAUGAACGGGGCCAGGUGGAUGAAGUGAAACAAAUAAGAACUCCAUAUGCAUACACAUUAAACUCAAGUUUGGAUCCAAAUGGUGAGAAUGGAAGAGAUGAAGAAAGUCAUAUAAACAAUGGAAAAUACGAGGAUCAUAUCAAUAGAGAGACAGAAAUGUGGGAAAAAGAAGAAAUUAGUCGAAAACUAGAAAACGCAAAUGGGGAAAAGAAGGAAGAAGGGAGAAACAAGAGAGGAGAUACCCAAAACAUGGGCAAGCAAUGUAAGGAGGAGAAUCUCAAAGGAAUGGAAGUAUCAUUGGAAUAUUGUAAGAAUGGAGAAAAUUUUUUAAGAAAUAAUAACGAAUUGUGUGAUAAACAGGAUAAGGUAAAAAAGGAGCAUAAUAAUAUGCUCACCUAUGGAAAGCAUAAAGUUGUCCUUUUUGGUGGUGCUUUAUUAGAAGAAGAAUUUGUAAACAAUUAUUCAAAUGGAUAUUUACAAUCCAAAGAUGAAGAAGAUGAAGAUGUUAAUAACGUCAAACGUAAUAUGAUGCUUAUGGAAAAUUAUCUACAUAAAACUUUUAAUGAUGUAUACAUAUGUGAAGAAGAAAAUAAUGAUUUUGAAUACUGGACCAAGGUGAAGACUCAUAACGUACCAGAACCGAGAGCAUUCCAUGCUUCUUGUAUUGUCAAUUUAGGGUUAGAUGGGGUUUUUUUAUUUAUUCACGGGGGAAAAGUAAAGAAUAAUAAAUUGGCCAAUAAUCGAUUAUGUGCACUGAACUUAAGCAAAAUUUCUGUUCGACGUGCAGGAAUGAGAAGCGACAAUAGUAGUGCACGAACCAGCCACCAUGCCAGCGGUGAGUACACAAGGGCAGAUCAAAGUGACACAACAAGUAUUAGUAGUGCAUGUGAAGAAAUUAAAUCUCCUAAACAGAGAAGCACUAAGUAUCGUCGAGGCGAGUGUGAGAGCGAUCGCCUUGUGUAUGCUAACUUUCGGGAAGAGAACCAAAGUUCCUGCUUUAACAAAACUGUUAUUAAAGAUGAUUGGGAUGAAAAUGGGAAAAAUAGUGAAAAUGAAAAAAAUAACAACAAUGGCAAGCCUGCAAAUGAGCCUCCGGAGAGUCAUCCCGGAGAAAGCCAAGCAGAGGAGGGAAAUUAUGAAAAAUCAUUUAUUCACAAAAGCAGUGUUUGCAUGAAUGUAGAAAAAGAUAAGGAUAACGCAGAGGUAUCAUUAGUGACAAGUGAAAAAAGGGAUGUUGAUGGGGGAGGAGAAAAAUGGAACAACAAUAAACAUUUUACCGGAAAAAGUAGCAAUUGUAUAGACAGUCCUACCACUACUGCCACUGCUACCGCUACUACCACUACUGCAACAAAAUUUUGUCACAAAGAGGAAUCGUCAAACGAUAUAAAAGCAAAUGUACCACAGCUAGGAAAUGUUCCGCAAGAAACAAAUGUUUUACUAAAUAAUAAAAAGAGAAAACGGACAUCUUCUUCAUCUUAUUUGUUCUCUGCGUCAAACAUUUCUGUAUCAUCUGCAUCAGCAUUGGUGACUUCGUCUUCGUCAUCUUCGUCGUCUAAUUCCUUGCCACCAUGUAAUUCCCGUUUUUUUCGAUCUAAUAUGUACAUUCAUGAAAAUAACCAAUUUAACAAUGAAGUAGAAGAAGAAGAAGCAGAUGAAGAAGAAGAUGAUGAUGAUGAUCAUGUACUUGUAAAUUCGAGAGUUCCAGUUAAAAGUUUACUCAUGCAGGAAAAUUCUCUCUCAUGCAGCAGUGCCUCAUCUGAGGACAACACGGAUGAUGGGGAUGACUCAUCCAGUUUAAAAAAAGUGAAAAGAAUGUGGGUUCAUAUAAAAACUGCAGGAAAAAAACCAAACAAUAGAUAUGGACACACCUUAGACUUUUUAUAUCCUCAUCUAAUUCUCUUUGGUGGAAAUGAAAAUAUAUAUGAUGAAGAAAAUUUGUUUUUCAAAAAUGAUCUAUGGGUACUGAAUAUAAAUAAGUGUAAAACGAAAUAUGAUAAAAAUAGGAAAAAAGUUUUAUAUUUUAGCUGGCAAGAAAUAGAAUAUCAAACGAUUGAUCCAUUGGGGAGAUAUUUCCAUGCUACUACCAUAUGGUAUGACAGAGAAAAUAAUGUGAAUAAUUUAAUUUUAUAUGGAGGGAAAAUGAAAAACAGAACAAGUAUUAGUAAUAGAUUAUUAUCCUUACAAAAUAAUGGAAAUAAUUGGUAUUGGUCUAUUUUGCCAGUUUACGUAGAUCCGAUAAAUGAAAAUCGAUCAUGUCAUUCCUUGGCUUGUUCUAAUAAUUACAUAUUUAUUAUUGGUGGAGAAGAGUACAAAUAUAGAUAUAUUGAGAAAAUGCCUUCAGCUGUUUAUUCCUUUAAAAAUAAAAAAUUUCAGUAUAUUAAUGAAUAUAGUGCUAAAGCAUGCCUAAAGUGUUUUAUAAAAAAUGAAACAAUUUAUUCAUGGGGAGGAUUUACUGAUGUAUCUUGUAAUAAUAAUUUUAUGCCUAGUAAUUUUGUAACUAUUAAUAUUAACCCUCAUAUUGUUUGUAUCCAAAUGAAAGAAGAUUUAGGGGAUGAUUUUGAUGAUAACAACAACAAUUUGUUUUUGAAAGAAGACGUGGAUUCAGAUGACAAUAUUUACAAUCGCAUGAAUAAAAAAAUUGUGAAAAUACAAAAUAAGAAAAUGGAAUUAGAAAAAGAUUUACUCUAUCAGAUCAAAUUGAAUGACAAUUUAAAUCUUCGUAUAAAAUCACAGAUGCACCAUUAUCAAAAGUUGGUGCAACUUUUAAAUGUUAAGCAACUCCAAAAUUCACAUUUACUUAGCAUGUUCAAAAGGCAAAGCGUUUCUGCUGAGGGAGCAACUGUUAGUGAUUAUACCGGAGUGUGUGAUGGUUUAACAUACAUCCAAGGCCUCCAUUUAUCACACAGUGAAGAUCACGGUUUGUCAUACGACGCAGUUCAACCCAUGCCAUAUGGCAUAUCACAAAGUUCAUACCAAAACCUACCUUGUCAAUCCUUGUAUGAAGGGAACCAGCGUCUCUCUAUAAACACUGUUAACCAUAGCAGUUUUAAUCGCAACAGUAAUAACCUCAGCAGCAAUAACCUCAGCAGCAAUAACCUCAGCAACAAUAACCUCAGCAGCAAUAACCUCAACAGCAAUAACCUCAGCAGCAAUAACCUCAACAGCAAUAACCUCAGCAGCAAUAACCUCAGCAGCAAUAACCUCAACAGCAAUAACCUCAACAGCAAUAACCUCAGCAGCAAUAACAAUUGCAAGCAUUGCAAUAGUGCAGAUUUUAAAAUGAUUAUCAAUGAACAAGAAAAUGUAAUGAAUCAUUCCAGGGCAGAUAUAAUGAACAUGGCCACGAAUGAAUUGAACAACCAAUACGAAUGCAGUGUGAUAAGACAAAAUUCGGAAAUGAAAAACACUUUGAGUGAAUUGUCCAUGGAAAACGUUGGUACAUACAAAAAUAUGGCAUCGAAUGAAAACAUUCAGAGUAUUCCAUAUACAAACAGCAAAAAUGAGAAGGAAAGUAGGAACAUUGAAAAUAAUGAGUUUUCUCAAUUGCAACACGAAGGAGUGGAAACAAUCCCCACCACUUCCAUAUUUGGCAUGAAAAAUAAUGAAGAGGAUGAAAUGGUGCAUAAAGUAGACGAAAAUUUCAGAAAUGUUGGAAAUAACAGUCCCAAUCAUCAUCAUCAUAAUGAUAAGCAGUAUAAUAAUUAUAAUCAACAUCAUCAUAAUAAUAACCAGCACCAUCACCAGCAUCUCCCUUUUGAACAAAUCGGAAAUAAUGACCUCAUAAACUCACAGUGCCCCACGUCCUGUAGUAUGCACGAAACUGUAAUACUGGAUAAAGACGGCAUUCCUAGUAGUGAACAUAAAAAUAAUAAUUACUUCAAUGGCUUCGACUGUAUAUUCAAUGGAAAAUACAAUUCAUUGGAUUUGCUUACAAAUAACAAUAACAUUUUUAUAUAUGAUCAUUGUAUGACCAACUUGGAUCAAUUAAUAAAUAGCCCACAAAUUAUUGCUAGUAAUAACACAAUGUGCAAUUCUUCAUCAACAAAUAGAGAUGUUAUUUAUAACGAAAAAGAAGUAAGCAGUGUUAAUUAUGGCAACAAUGAAAAUUCGCAAGUCCAAACUGAAAGUAGUAGUAACGCACAAAGAAUGACAUCAAAUCAAAGAGUUCGUAGAAAAACAGCAGAAAAGUGCUUGCAGUUGAUUGAGCAAGAUCGAUUAAGCAGGAUAAUGAGUGAAAAAUAG